AUCCUUGCAUCAACACCACCAUCGUUUCGUGUCGACCACACCCAUCGUAUUUGGAGUUUUAGAGUCUACCAAAGAUUAUUCCAUCAUCCCAGACUAAGUACCAUCAUUUAAAAUGUUUUUUUUAGCAGACUCCGACGCUUCUUUCAGAGGAGAAACCCCCUGCAACCACCACCUCAGCAGCUGGCACGACACAGGAAUGUUAAUCGUCAGCCCCAGCUCCCCAGCAACCGGCAGAUAUUCGAAGAACUCUAUAUAGAGCAUCUCAAGAGAAAGGCAGCAGGUCAGUACUUAUACACUCUAUUAGACAGGUAACUAACUACUUAGAUGCAAAUACCCCACGUAUUCUACAGUGGUUUAAUAGCCGGGGCUAGUUACCUUUUAACAUCCUGGGCAAAUUUUAUAGUGCUUGGCUUGCAACAUCCUAGUUAUAUGAAUGGGUUCCAGGAGCAGUUAUGAAAGCCUGGCAGUUCUUAUGCGACAUUAUCUGAUGACCCAUCGACCCGAUAGCGAUUUGUUUUAUAAAUAAGCGACCAAUAGUUCUAGAGCAAAUGGUAUUCCCUGGCAUUCCUUGAUCUAGGUAGAACUCGACCUUGAGCAUGGAGUAGUGGAGAGUAGGAGGAUGGAUGGUUUAUUAGAACCAUAAAGCAAAGGGAGAUAAGCGAAAUGUUUACAAACAGUGGAGAUGUUUCCUCUCAUUCUAGCCAAGAAACAAUACAAAACAUCUCUAAAUCGGCUGUGCUUACAUCCGCAGGCCAUAGCAGAGGCCGAUGAUAAUUAUAACUACCUUACGUGGUUAAAUUGAUGAAUAAACCAAGCCAACUCCUCACUCAACUUGGGGAAACCUGGCCAACAAACCCAACAAAUCCAUCUCAUUCGACACUUUGACCGGAUCGUUCAGUCUCCGUGAGAAUCAAAAUGCCGUUGGUGCUGACAGGAAUCCCCCAUCGCAGAUAGAAGCGCUUACUCGAUUAUUUGUGGAGGAGGGGGUUGGCGAUUACUGCGCGUUGGCGUCGCUUGCACAGCCCACGAACCCUCGAAAUAGCGGCAAACAACCAAUCAACGACACUCGCUCAGCACCAAGGCCGCUGGGAUGAGGCUGGUAAACAAGACGGAUAUGCCAUCUUCCGUAGGAUGUUGACUAUUUUUGACUGUGCUGUGCUGGGCAGAGCCUCUGAAGCUGUCUUGUUCCUGGCUUGGGUCUGACAGCUCACCACCGUGAGUCUUGUGCCUGGGUUCAUGUGCUUAUUUGGAAGAUAAGAGAGAAUAUGGGUAUAAGAAGAUGGUGGUGUCCGGUCGAGAUUGGAGAUAUAGAUAUCGUUCAUAGCAUCACUCAAGCAUUACAAGUCUUACAAUCACAACAAUCUCAUCUCAUCUCAUUAUCCUCUUCAAACUCUCAACAUCUUUCACAAUGAAGUUCACCACUGCUCUCGUCUCCGCCGUCCUGGCCUUCACCUCCUUCGCCGAGGCAGCUCCUCGCAACACUCGACGAGGAGAAUCUAGCAAGCCUCUCAGUCUGACUGCCCAGCUUCGACUCGCUGAUACUGCCGCUGACCGCUUUGCUCUCCUCCCCGAGGACGAUGACUUUGUCUUUGACUUCAACAAGAAGCAGGACAACCCUGGAAAGGGCGGCGAGCUCAUCGCUGCUAACCGUGCCAACUUCCCUGCUCUUGUUGGUACUGGCGCUGGCAUGGCCUUUGGCAGAAUCGAUCCCUGUGGCAUGAACACUCUUCACGUUCACCCUCGCUCCGCUGAACUCCAAGUCGUCACCUCCGGUCGUCUCAUCACCGAGAUGGUCCCCGAGAACGGCGUCCUCGACAAGGAUGGCAAACGUCGUAUUAUCCGCACCGAGCUCACAGCCAACAUGAUGACUCCCUUCUAUCAAGGAUCCAUCCACACUCAGUUCAACCCUGACUGCGAACCUGCUACCUUCAUCGCUACCUUUGCGACUGAGGACUUUGGCACUGGCCAGAUCGCUGAUGAACUUGUGUCUCUGAGCGACGAUGUUAUCGCUGCCACCUUUGGCCAGAGCAUCGCUGGCGAGGAUAUCGACAAGGUCCGCCAGGCUGUUCCUAAGAGCAUUGCUCUGGGUGUUGACAAGUGCCUUGAGACCUGUGGCCUCAAGAAGCGAUCCAUCUAA